AUGCAAGCUCAGAUCAGUACGCUUCAAGGACAGCUGCGAGAGACAAGGAAGGGACUGGAGGAGGCUGAGAGAAGGAGAGUGGCGGAUUCGAGAGAGUUGAGAGGGCGAGUGGAGAAGGGAGAGAAAGAGAUGAUAAAUGUGAAAAAGGAGUUGUUGGAUGCCAAGUGGGGGAUGGAGAUGGAUUUGGUAGCAACCAGGGCAGAGUUGGAGGGGGAAUGGGGAACAGACAUGGGGAAGUUGGAGGGGAAACUGGAAACAGUGAAAGAGGAGCUGGAGGGAAAAUCUGUAGAUGUCAAGGGGGAGGUGAUAGCAGUUAAGGGGGAGUUGAUUGCGGUGAAAGGGGAGCUGGAAACAGUAAAGAGGCAGUUAAUUGGACAGAAGAACAGCUUGGGGAAGGAAGCAAUGGGUGUCAAGGAGGAGGUGAAGGGGCUGAGAAUGGGAGCGAGUGAGCGAUCGGCAGCAGUGGAGCAGGGUCAGACGUCAAGGCAUGAGGAGAUUGAUGUUGAAGAGCAACUCGAGUCAAGCCAAGGCGAUGCCAAGUCCUUGUGGCAGAAAAUCCGAGCAACAGCAACACUGGAUCUCAAGGGGCAAACGCACCUCUCAGACGCCCUUCUCGCCCACCAGCUGACUGCUUUGGAGCUGUUGGAUGUAUCGAGUUCUGUUGUGACAAGGAAGGGAGCGAAGAUGCUGAAGGGGCUCGUUUGA